CUCUCUCUAGAGAAAAAAGAAGGCGUCAUCAUCAACUUUCUCUCUCUAACAAAAAUCAUCGGCCUCUCUCCUUCGUGUCAUUGGGUAUCAUCAACUCGUUACAACAACUCACCGAGUCAUACACUUGUACCCGCCACUAAUAAAGGCUCCUUUUUCAAAAUUUCGAAACCAAUCUAGGGCUUCUCUCAAUGGAUGUGGCGGCUAGUAACGGAGGAGAACCAAUGUCUCCUCCUCCUGCGAAAAAGCGACGCUUUAGCGAAGAGAUGAACAGAGUGGCGGAGAUUGUUCUGGUUUUGUCGGCGUUAGGGAGGAUGCGAGGAGGGAAAGCCCCGACGGAGAUGGAACUCGAGCUGAUGGUUGAAGCUAGGUCGAAACUAGCUGAGAUGUGUCAAGAGUUUACCCCUAAUGAUAUCAUCGGUGGCGAUGAUGUUAGAGCUGUGAUUGAAGAUAUGGGUUUGAAUGGUAAUGACCAGAGUUUAGGAUUCCGAGCUCCUAAGAUCACUAUCUCCGACAAGCUGUCUCUUGGCAAAAGAAAGAUGGAAGAAGCAAAACAGUUUCCUACGCCUAUGGUUUCUCACUUGUCACGGCCAAUCAAUGGUGUGGCGUCUCCAGGUCUUGGAAAGAAUGCUUCUGUGGCUAAUAAGUGGAUUGGUAGUGAAGUUACUAGUGUUAAUCCAGCUGGGAGUCAUUUCAGACCUAAGAUGAUACUUAAUGGUGCUGCUUCUCAGGGCACUGCAAAUUCUUCUGCAAAUUACUAUGCUGGAUCCUGGUCUACCCACCCUCAAUCAACCAUAUCAUUCGGUACUGCACCAAGUAAGAAGGUGCCUAUUCAAAGCUCUGCCAGGGUACCAGAUCCAAGCUUUAGGCCAUUCAUGUCUCAAGCUCCACAUGGUACAUUCCCGGGCACAAAUCAGCCCAUGCAGGGAGUCCAUUACGGUCAAACUUAUUCGUUUCAGAACAGCCAUAGUGACAUCGCUAAGAUAGUCUAUAAUUUUCUGCAUCCACGGGUCAAACAGUAUCCUGUGUGGAACCCACCUUCUAGAGAUUAUAUGAGCAGAGCAAUGACAUGCCAGAUGUGUGAAGUUACCAUCAAUGAAGUGGAGACUCCGCUGAUUUGUGAUGCCUGUGAAAAUGCAUACCACUUGAAAUGUCUGCAAGCAAACAAUUUGAAAGGGGUUCCAAAGUCUGAAUGGCAUUGCUCAAAAUGUGUGCAUGCAUCCAAUGGGAAGCCAUUCCCUCCUAAAUAUGGCCGUGCUGUAACUACAAAGAAGGUUGGAUCAGUGGAUACAAAGGUUAAUCUACAGAAACCAAUUGUGACUACGGGUCCCAGAGUACAGAAUCUUCCUGGCUUUGUUUCUGGAGCAGCAACUACAUCUCAUUCUGUGACUGCUAGUGUGAAUGCAAAUACAACUGCAAGCGCAGCAAAGACCACAAACACUGGGACACAAGGCUUUAGGGAAAGUCUUGUCGGUUGUUCUAAUUCUCCAGCACUGGUAUCUCUUACCAAGACUCCAAAUCCUACAGCAAUUGGAAGUAAAAGUGUUGUGGUAAACAAUGGCUUCGUUUCAAAACCUCUAACACCAGUUGGAACUAUGAGCAGCACUUCUCCAUUGCCUGUUGGUAACCUGGUUACUGUGAAUGCAAUCUCAAAUGCUACUUCGAGUACACCAGUAACUUCUAGCCUUGUAGCAGAAGCACCAUCAGUUACCAAAAAUGGAGACGGUAACUCAAGCGCCUCUGGUACGACUGACCAUUCUAUGCUAAAUACCGAGCUUACGGCACUUGAGGCAUUGUCGUCUGUUACUUCCAGUGGCAAUUCUCAUCCGGAAGUGUCACAUUCUGAGACUGCAAAAACAACUGAAGAUGAAGCUACAGGUCAAUCAUUGAAUGCUGAUGAUGGUCUACAAGCUCCUCUGGAAAAUGUUUCUAGCUGUGAGAAUCCAUCAGAGUCUACAUCUCAGUCAGACUCUCUGAAUGAUAAAACAACACCAGAGAACGGGCUAGAACCCGGCAAGGAUGCUAGUGAGAAAUUUGCUUCUGAACCUUGCCAGAACCACCCAACAGAAACUCCAACUGCAGUUGUAUCAGAUCAAGACUCGAAGAUGACUGCUGAACCAUUCAUGCCAGAAGAUAAUUCAGCUUGCCAGACAGAGGAUACAGCGUCUCAGCCUCCUUCAGUGUCAUCUUACUCUCAUCCACAGACCGAGACAGAAACACUAAAUGCUCAAGAUACUGUACAGAAUGUCCCAGGAGAUUCGCAAGAAGGCAAAGGGUUGAAUGGUAUAGAUGAUAGACAUCAUGAACAGCCUUCAGAUCCUUAGUUUGGUAAAUGGAAUUCGAUAAAGGAAGUAAACGCUGCCUAAAAUUCUUGAGCAAUUUAACCAGUAGUUGUUAUCUUGUUUCAGCUAUAGUUUUCGAUGACAGAAUAUAUAUCUCAUCUGUUAGGUAAAAUCAGGAAUGCUCAGAACAUUUGGAGCAAUGAACUUGCGAAAGCAAUAGCAAUAAUAGACGAUGGUUUUGAUA